UAUUAUGUCACGAAAAUUCUAUAGCAACGUGAAACGUGGCAAAGUUUAAACAGUUCGAUAGUAAUAAUAAUCUGUUUACACACGUAAACAGUUCAGUUACAUAAUCUUUAAUACAACGAUACUAAUCGACCAAUCGGAGCACGUAUCCCGUAAUACACGUGGCUUAUAAUUCGAUAUAUAAAGGUGCUGUGCCACGUGUAUUAAGUGAUUUUCUAAUCUAAAACGGUAGAGAUGUACACUCGUUAUUUAAUAUUCUCUCUGCUUUAUUUAUCGGUAAUAAGCGAGGAUUCGGAGUUAGAAAUCGAUGUAUUACAUAAGCCAACAGAAUGCGAGAGAUCGACGAAGAGAGGCGAUAUGUUGUCAAUGCAUUAUAAAGGCACUUUAGAUGAUGGGAGAGUCUUCGAUUCCAGCCACGAUCGAUCAGAACCUUUCAAAUUUCAACUCGGCGUCGGUCAAGUUAUUAAAGGAUGGGACCAAGGAUUAAUAGAUAUGUGUAUAGGUGAAAAGCGUAGGUUGACCAUUCCGCCUCAUUUAGGAUACGGAGAUGCCGGAGCGGGUGAUACUAUCCCCCCAAAAGCAACUCUUUAUUUUGAAGUCGAAUGUAUUGGCAUUGAAGAUGGACCUCCAUCUCUGAAUAUUUUCAAGGAAAUUGAUUUUGAUAAGGAUAAUCAGCUUUCAAGAGAAGAAGUUAGCGAUUACAUCAAGAAGCAAAUUCCCGAAGCGGAAGCAGCAGGAAUGAAAGAUUUUCCGGACCAAGAUAAAUUAGUAGAAGAUAUUUUCCAACAUGAAGAUAAAGACAAGAAUGGUUUUAUAUCUCAUGAAGAAUUCAGUGGUCCAAAGCAUGAUGAAUUAUAGAUUAUUUUAGUCAAUGUUUUUAUUUUUUUAAAUAAUUUUUCUGAAGUUAACACUUAUUUAGAUGUCAGUAACUUAUAUGAACACAUAUCAGUGACUUUAAAUGAUCAGUUCUUGUUCCUAUUUAAUGUGAUUUCAUAAACAGUUUGAAGUGAUGUUUCUGAGAUUGUUAAAUUUUUUGAUAUUAAACAUCAGAAAAUUUUGGAUCUAGAUUUUUCAUAAAAGCAAUAAAUGUUUGUAAAACCUGUCAAUCAUAAUCCAUAAUGGUACAAAAUUAUUCACGUAAUAUGCCAAAAAUGUACAUAUAUGAAAGGAAUCAAAAACUUAAUUUUGAUGUAAAUUUCUUUGGUGGUAGUGUUUUAUUUUUGGUGAUUUUACACUUUUACAUGUUGACAUAAAAUCAGUGUUUUGAUUUUCAGUUUUAAUGGUUUAUUUGGAAUUAAAUACCGAUUGAUUCAUUUGGAACUGUUGUAAUGUGGGCUAUCCUAUCUCUUGUAAGUUCAGUGUCAUAUGUUGAGGUGGUUCUUGGACAUAGUGUUAAAUCUAAUACUAUGUCAGAAUGGCCAACUAGAAGAUAGACAAUAUUAAGUACAAGUUGUCAUUUGGAUACUUAACUUGAUGUGUCCAUAUGACAAGCACUAAACAUGCAGCCUGUUACUUUGAAGGACCUAGAUUUGAGUCUGCAUCAGAUCAUCAGGAACUUUGAUGUUUUGAUCCAGAUUAUAUUGGACCCCAUGUUGCCAUUCAUAAGCCUGGAAAAACCCAUAAUGGGCAUAAAAACAGGUUUUAUUGCCCACAAACUGGUUAUAAAAGUGAUGGAUUGUAAAUCAUGUGUUUUUACUGUAUUCCAAAUAAAGAAUUAAUAAAUGUAAAUUUAUUUAUUAA